GUGUAGCAUUUUAGAUUUAAGAGAUGUUAGAUAUUGAGGAAGAGAGUGGCAUGAGAGGGAAUGGAGAGAUGGAAAAGGAAAAGAGCAAACAGAAGCAAAGAGGAGGCAUCAGAACAUUACCUUUCAUCCUUGCGAAUGAAGUGUGUGAUAGAUUUGCGAGCGCUGGUUUUCAUGCAAACAUGAUAAGCUAUCUUACACAACAAUUGAACAUGCCAAUGGUUAAAGCUUCCAUCACUCUUAGCAACUUUAGUGGACUAUCUAGCUUGACUCCUCUUCUUGGUGCUUUCGUUGCUGAUUCUUUCGCUGGCCGAUUUUGGACUAUUGUUGUUGCAACUCUCAUCUAUGAACUGGGACUAAUUACUAUAACAACAUCAGCCAUAGUGCCCCAUUUUCACCCUCCACCAUGUCCAACACAAAUGCAUUGUCAAGAACCAAAAUCCUCACAUCUAUGGAUACUCUAUCUAGCACUUUUUCUCACAUCUUUAGGAUCAGGUGGUAUUAGAUCAUGUGUUGUACCCUUUUCAGGAGAUCAAUUUGACAUGACUAAAAAAGGUGUUGAAUCAAGAAAAUGGAAUCUCUUCAAUUGGUAUUUUUUUUGUACUGGAUUGGCUUCACUAAGUGCUUUGACAAUUGUGGUUUAUAUUCAAGAUCAUAUGGGUUGGGGUUGGGGACUUGGUAUUCCAACCAUUGCAAUGUUUAUAUCACUAAUUGCUUUUGUUUUGGGAUCAAGACUUUAUAAGACUUUUAAGCCAAAUGGAAGCCCGUUUGUGAGAUUAGCACAAGUGAUUGUGGCAGCUGUGAAAAAGAGGAAUGAGGUUUUGCCACAAGAUCCUAAGCUUUUAUACCAAAAUAUGGAGCUUGAUUCUCCUAUAUCUUUGGAAGGAAGGCUUUCACACUCGGAUCAAUUCAAAUGCUUAGACAAAGCUGCAAUUGUAACAGAAGAAGAAGCCAAAAAUAUGAAUCAAAAACCAAACUUAUGGAAAUUAGCCACUGUCCAUAGAGUUGAAGAACUAAAAUGCCUCAUUAGAAUGCUUCCAAUUUGGGGAGCAGGAAUUCUAAUCAUAACUGCAACAACAUCUCAACAUAGCUUUGUGAUUAUCCAAGCUCGUACAAUGGAUCGUCAUCUCUCUCGCAAUUUCCAAAUUUCGCCAGCCAAUAUGGCGAUUUUCAGCGUACUAACCAUGAUGGUCGGCGUUAUUCUAUACGAACGUAUCUUUGUUCCAUUCGCUCGUAGAUUCACGAAGAAUCCAGCUGGAAUUACAUGUUUACAAAGAAUGGGAGUAGGUUUUGUGAUUAACAUUAUAGCCAUUAUAGUUUCGGCAUUAGUGGAAAUUAAAAGAAAGAAAGUUGCUGCAAAAUACGACUUAUUGGAUAAUCCGAAAGCGAUUAUUCCUAUAAGUGUGUUUUGGUUGGUUCCUCAGUAUUUUUUACAUGGAGUGGCUGAAGUUUUUAUGUCUGUUGGACAUUUGGAAUUUUUAUAUGAUCAAUCGCCGGAAAGUAUGAGAAGUAGUGCUACGGCGUUGUACGGAGUAGCGAUCGCUAUCGGGAAUUUUAUCGGUACGUUAUUGGUAACAUUAGUGCAUAAGUAUACUGGUAAGGAAAAUAAUUGGUUACCUGAUAGGAAUUUGAAUAGAGGUAGAUUGGAGUAUUAUUAUUUUCUUCUUAGUGGAAUUCAAGUUAUAAAUUUUAUUUAUUAUGUAAUAUGUGCUUGGUUCUAUACUUAUAAGCCUUUGGAAGAGAUUAUUGAAAUAAACAAGCAUGAAGAUUUGGAACAGGUCAAUGGAGAAGUUUCAUUGGUUAGUUUAAAAGAUGAGGGGAAGAGUAUGGCAAGCUAUGAGGAGGUACUGGUGGUGAAAGAAGAGGUACACAAAAACAACGGUGGCGACGAAAACAACAAGAAGAGGAAACAGCCGCGACGAGGAGGCAUAAGAACACUGCCUUUCAUCCUUGCUAAUGAGGUAUGUGAUAGAUUUGCUGUGGCCGGUUUUAAUGGUAACUUGAUAAGUUACUUAACUCAACAGCUGAAUAUGCCAUUGGUAUCAGCUGCCAAUACACUCACAAUCUUUGGUGGAACAGCUAGCUUUACACCUCUCAUUGGUGCUCUCAUUUCUGAGUCAUUUGCUGGUCACUUUUGGACCAUUACUAUUGCUUCCAUCAUCUAUGAACUGGGAAUGAUAAGCAUAACACUAUCAACUAUACUCCCACACAUGCGUCCUCCACCAUGCCCAACACAACUCAAUUGUCAAGAAGCCACAUCCUCACAACUAUCAAUGUUUUUCGUCUCUCUUGUUCUCAUAUCCCUUGGAUCAGGUGGCAUUAGACCUUGUGUUGUACCCUUUUUAGGAGAACAAUUUGACAUGACUAAAAAAGGUGUAGCAUCAAGAAAAUGGAACAUUUUCAAUUGGUACUUUUUCUUCAUGGGUAUAGCUUCUCUAAGUGCUUUAACCAUUGUGGUUUACAUUCAAGAUAAUACUGGUUGGGGUUGGGGCUUUGGCAUACCAACAAUUGUUAUGUUUUUGUCCAUUGUGGCCUUUGUGUUGGGCUCACCAUUUUAUAAUACUGAGAAGCCCAAAGGAAGCCCAAUGGUUCGUUUGGCCCAAGUAACUGUGGCAGCUGUGAGAAAGAGGAAAGAAGUUUUACCAAAUGAUCCCAAAUAUUUAUACCAAAAUAGGGAGGUUGAUGCUGGUAUUUCCUUGGAAGGAAUGCUUUUACACACAAAUGAAUAUAAAUGGUUGGACAAGGCAGCAAUUGUCACAGGAGAAGAGGGAACAGACCCAAAUGCACCACCAAACUUUUGGAAAUGUGCCACUGUCCAUAGAGUUGAGGAGCUAAAAUCAAUCAUAAGAAUCCUUCCAAUUUCCGCCUCAGGAAUUUUACUUAUAGCGGCUUCAGCACACUUACCGAGCUUUGUCAUCGAACAAGCUCGAACAAUGGACCGUCACCUCUCUCACACAUUCCAAAUAUCUCCCGCCAAUAUGUCAAUUUUCAGCGUAAUAACAAUGAUGAUAGGCGUCAUUCUAUACGAACGCCUAUUUGUCCCCUUAAUCCGUAAACUAACAAAGAAUCCUGUCGGAAUCACGUGCAUACAAAGAAUGGGAAUAGGAUUUGUAAUCAACAUUAUAGCCACAUUAAUUUCAGCACCUGUUGAAAUCAAAAGGAAAGAAGUAGCUGCUAAGUACGGCUUAUUGGACGAUCCAAAAGCGAUUAUUCCUAUAAGUGUUUUUUGGUUAGUACCUCAAUAUUGCUUUCAUGGACUUGCUGAUGUUUUCAUGUCUGUUGGACUUUUUGAGUUUCUGUUUGAUCAAGCACCUGAAAGUAUGAGAAGUAGUGCUACUGCUAUAUAUUGCAUAAUUAUAGCUAUUGGAAGCUAUGUUGGUACAUUUAUAGUAACACUUGUGCAUAAAUAUAGUGGCAAGGAAAAUAAUUGGUUACCUGAUAGGAACCUUAAUAGGGGUAAAUUGGAAUACUAUUAUUAUCUUGUUAGUGGUGUUCAAGUUCUAAAUCUCAUUUAUUUUGGAAUUUGUCUCUGGUUUUACACUUAUAAGCCAUUGGAAGAAAUUAGUAAUGUGAAUAAGGAAGAAGAUUUGGAACAGGUUGAUACAAAAAUCUUAGAUGCCAAUUUAGAAGAGAAACUUUAGAGAAAAUAUAUGUAUUAAUCAUAGUGGUUGAUUGAUAUGUAUUAAUCAUAUGUGUAAUAAGAAGAACAUGCUAUAGUUUAGAGUAUUUCUUUUUUUAUUUUCAAAUGUGGUUUUCUUAAUUCAACAUUAAUGAGUGAUUUCAUUUUCU